AUGUUCGCGUAUUUUUCUUUUCUAUUGCUUGCCGGCCUGGCUCAGUUUGUCGCGGCUAAAGAUGUUUAUUUCCAUUGGAAUAUUACCUGGGUUAAUGCUUCUCCCGAUGGGUACGAAAGGCCUGUGAUUGGUAUCAACGGCGAAUGGCCUUGCCCUCAAAUUGAUGUUGACGUUGGAGAUCGACUCAUUAUUGAUGUCAAAAACAGCUUGGGCAACCAGUCAACCGGUAUUCACUGGCAUGGUAUUCAUCAGUUCAUGACCGGGACGAUGGAUGGAGCAUCUGCAGUCACACAAUGCCCUGUUGCUCCUGGUUCAAUGAUUCGCUAUGACUUUGUUGUUGACCAAGCUGGAACCUACUGGUACCAUUCACACAAUAUGGGUCAAUACCCUGAUGGACUACGAGGGGCUUUAAUUGUGCACGAUCCAAACCCACCUGUAGAAUACGAUGAUGAGUUCACAAUUACUCUGGCAGAUUGGUACCACAAACAAAUGCCGGAACUUCUUGAUUCAUAUCAAUCAACAAGUAAUACGGCUGGCGAUGAACCGCUUCCAGAUGUUGCAUUGAUUAAUGAUUCUACGCAGUCCAUGUUCAAAGUACAACCAAAUACAACAUAUCUGGUCCACAUUAUCUGCAUUGGAAACUGGCCUGGACAUGCAUUCCUUUUCGACGACCAUGAAAUGACUGUCGUUGAAGUUGACGGCACCUGGAUAGAGCCAUAUCCUGUUGGAGAGAAAAACAUCCGCGUUGCUACCGGUCAGCGGAUGAGCGUGCUUAUCAAGACAAAGGAGGACGCAAGCAAAAACUAUGCGUUUUGGAAUACAAUGGAUAUCAACAUGAUGUUUGUGUUCGAAAAUAAAUCUAUUCCCGAGAACUUCAAUCCGAACGCAACCGCAUGGCUUGUCUAUGACGAGUCAUUGCCCUUGCCUGAAGCACCGGUCAUACACGAGCUAGCAUUUAUUGACGACCUAAGUUUUGUUCCUUACGAUCGUGAGCCUCUUCUUGAGCCUGUCGAUCACCAGAUCAUACUCAAUACUGGCCAUACGGUUGUUAAUGAUGUGACGCGGUUUUCUGUGAACGGACAAACCUAUAUGCCUCAACAAGUUCCCACUCUAUACACUGCAUUGACGGUCGGGUCAGAAUACAACUCAGACCCUAAAGUUUACGGCAAUGUCAAUCCAUUGAUCAUCAACAAUAAUGAUGUUAUCGAGAUCGUUAUUAACAAUCACCAUGGCAACUUGCAUCCCUGGCAUCUGCAUGGUCAUCAAUUCCAAGUUCUACAGCGCACGGAUGUCAACGGCGGCUUUUUCGAUGGUUAUUUCGCCAAUAUAUCCUCCACUCCAGUGAAGCGAGACACCAUCAUGGUGCAAAACUAUGGGCAUACUGUUAUUCGAUUCCGCGCAAACAAUCCGGGCAUUUGGCUGUUACAUUGCCAUAUUGAGUGGCAUGUCCAGGCCGGGUUGGUGGCUACAAUAAUCGAGGCCCCAGACAAGCUUCAGGAACUAGUCGUUCCAGAAGCUCACCUCCAGAUCUGUGAUGCAUAUGGCUCGCCUUCAAGCGGAAACGCGGCGGGAAAGAAGGGCGAGGAUUUGACAGGGGGAAAUGACUACAUUUAUCCCGGAGAGUCAGGGGCAUCUUAUCCUCCACCAACUUUCACGUAG